AUGGGAGCAGGAAAUCAAACAUGUGUAUCAGAAUUCCUCCUCCUGAGACUUUCUGAGAAGCCAGAGCAGCAGCUGCCCCUAUUUGGGCUCUUCCUGGGCAUAUAUAUGGUCACUGUGGUUGGGAACCUUAUGAUCAUGCUGGCCAUUGGCUCUGACUCCCACCUCUACACACCAAUGUAUUUCUUCCUCUCUAAUCUGUCCUUUGUUGAUCUUUGUAUGGUAUCCACUACAGUCCCCAAGAUGCUGCUGAAUAUCCUAACACACAGUAAAGUUAUCUCCUAUGCUGGAUGCCUUGCCCAAAUGUACUUCUUCAUGGUUUUUGGUUUUUUAAACAAUUUUCUCCUCACUGUGAUGGCCUAUGACCACUUUGUGGCCAUCUGUCACCCUCUGCACUAUGUCGCCAUAAUGAAUCCACGGAUUUGUGGCCUCCUGGUUCUGAUCUCAUGGACUAUUAGUCUUCUAAACUCCACUCUCCACACUUUACUGGUGGCAUGGCUGUUCUUCUGUGCCGAACAUGAACUUCCUCAUUUUUUCUGUGAUAUCAGUUAAGUUACAAAGCUCUCUUGUUCUGAUACCCUUACCAAUGACAUCUUAGCGUAUUUUGCAACUGGUCUGCUCAGUAUUCUCCCCCUCACAGGGAUCUUUUUCUCUUAUAGUCAGAUAUGUUCCUCCUUAUUGUGAGUUCUAUCUCCUAGGGGGAAAUAUAAAGCCUUUUCUACCUGUGGGUCUCACCUCUCUGUUGUUACAUUAUUCUAUGGCACUGGACUUGGAGUAUAUCUGAGUUCCUCAGCUACCCACUCCUCAGUGAUGUAUUCCGUGGUCACCCCCAUGCUGAACCCUUUCAUCUACAGCAUGAGGAAUAAAGAUAUAAAAGAUGCCAUGAGGAGAAUUAUUAGCAAAAGGCCGCCCUCUCAUUGA